AUGGACCAGAUACGCGACACCUUUUACUCGGAGAAAAUAUCCAUCCAUCCUGAUCUCGGAGACCUACGAAAGUCGACAGACAAGGCGUUGCCUGCCCCGCCUGUGACACCAAAGAGGGUGUUGAUGAAAUAUCGGUUUUCAGCAAUCUUCCCCAUUGCAUUUUCCGUCACAAGCUUCUUGCUCAUGCUAGUGCUGGUACUGGCUGGCAAAGAGAGUGCGACGUUUGGAGGGCAAUAUCUUCUUGCCUUGGAUACAUCAGUCUUGAUGCAACGCGCUCAAACACAGCAACCCAACGCAAUGCCGGUUACACCAUCUGCCAGAGCGGCGCCGGAGGCAGUGGUAUCAGACAUAUACUACCUCUAUCUGCAAAACAUCUGCUCGGGCUACACAGACACGACUACCAACUCCAUUAUCAUAGCAAACUGCGAGUCCUACAACUAUGCAAAUAACAGAAUCUCAGCAUACCUUGCCUCCACCUCGGCAACUUCCUCGGCAUCGACACCCUCCCUCACCCUCCUAACCUCUGCUCUCAAAACCCUCUCAACAUCGCUCUCAACAACCCGCCACGUCCUAACCGCAUUUCUCCUCAUCGCCCUUGCCAGCACGGCCUUAUCCGCCCUGUCCGCCCUCCCCGCAAUCGUCUUCCCACACUCGCCUUUACUCGCUUACUGCAACAUUCUCUGGCCAUGCCUUGGCAGCAGAUUUGAGCGUUUUAUGGAGAUUCUGCCGGAUGUGAAAUGGUUAUGGAGUUUUGGACGUGAAGGAACUGUGUAG